AUGACAGUAGAAUCCUGUGCAAUGGCUACGGUCAAAUAUCUUCUUUUUUUUUUCAACGUUAUUUUUUCGGCUGCUGGACUUGGAAUAUUAAUCGUAGGAUGCAAGAUUUUAGCAGAUGUUACCAAUUACAAUCACUUUAUGGGAGGAAGAAUACUGGCUCCAGCCAUCGUACUGAUAAUUAUCGGUAUGAUCGUCUUCGUGAUCGCUUUUCUAGGCUGCUUUGGAGCAGUCAAAGAAAUACACAUCUUACUUAUCGCAUUUGGAGUUGCUUUGCUGACUAUAUUUGCAAUUGAGCUAGCAAUCGGUAUUGGUAUCGCUAUUUUCCAGUCUGACGUUUCUGAUUUAUUGAGAACAACUUUGAGAGAGUCAUUGGUUACAUAUGAAUCCGAACCAGACAAUAAAGUUGCUUGGGAUUCCAUUCAAACUUAUUUCCAUUGCUGUGGUGUAGAUUCUUCAGAUGACUGGGAAGAAUCUUUGAAAGAAAAACUUCCGUCGACUUGUUGUUAUAGUAAUAAUACAGACCCUUGUGAAAAAGGAAACCCUUUGAUAAAUCCGCAUGGUUGCUACCAGACUCUUUUGAGACAGAUCAGAACUAAUUCCGAAUUACUUAUUUGGCUCGGAGCUGCAAUUGCUCUUAUUGAAAUAAUCGGAGUGAUGUUGGGUUUUCAACUCGCAACAUCCAUUAAAAGACAAGCAGCGGCAUCAGCAUAG